GAGAGAGGAGCGCGGACAGUCAGAUGCAUCACUUUCAGCAGCAGUGAGUGUUCUCUAGAAGGAAAGCGUGCAAUUCAUCCAUGCCAUACGGAGGUUGCAUGUAGAAAUAAUCUGUUCACAGGAGGCUGAAACAUGAAGAAAAACAGCACGAGCGAUGCUUCUCUUACUGGAAACAUUUCCCGCAGUCAUCAUGGGCAGCUGGAUAUAUUGUGGGAAGGUUCCAGGAGGUGAAAUGAUGGAAGGCAACAGCGACGUGUACUGAGGAAUGUUGGUAAUUCAAAAUCCAAAGCUGCAGUUGUACCGUCUCGAGUGCUCGGGGAUGCAUGGAGAUUUUGAUUAGCUUGAGUAAAACUUAAAGAUGAAUUGCUCUGAAUUUAAUUUCCAUGGUCCGAUGUCGUCGAUGCCGAACGGCUCGUUCGUCAGCGCGGAGAGCAGUGAUUUGUUCCCUCACCAGAACAGUGAACUGGAGAGAACGUUAUUACUGACAAUUCAGGAGCCAACCACUAUCUCCCUGACCGUAAUGUACUCAUUGUCAUUUUUGGUGGGCUUCAUGGGGAACCUCACGGCGAUUCGGAUGCUCACCAGACAGAGAAACAGGAGGGUACAGAGCGUCAGUGCUACCAAGAGUUUACUGAUCAACCUGGCUGUCUGUGACCUGAUGGUAGUCUGCAUCUGCAUGCCCAUCACCCUGGGCCAUACCAUCUACACGGCCUGGGUGUAUGGCGAUCUGCUCUGCAGGGCAGUGCCCUUUAUCCAGGCAGUGUCUGUAUCAGCCAGCGUACUCAGCCUAACCGUCAUCAGUGUGAACAGGUACUACAGUGUACACAGCCCACUGAAUGCCCGCUCCUACUUCACCCAGAGAAAGAUCUACGUUACCAUCGGCGUCGUGUGGAUUCUCAGCUCCAUUAUCUGUUCCCCGCUUCUUUUCAUGAUCAAGUUGGAUGAAAUCUGUUUAAUUAACAUUGCAGUUCCUGUCUGCAGAGAGCUGUGGCCACAGAUGAGGCUCAAGCAGGUUUAUAAUGUUCUCCUCUUCAUCAUGCUGUACUGCAUACCUGUGACUUUUAACCUGACCAUCAGUUUCCUUACGGGACGGAAGCUCUGGAGGGCGUCACAGCAUUUCAGUGACUUUGACCCUCACUCGCAAGUGAUGUAUGCUUCGUGUUUGAAAACACGUAAGAAGAUUGCAAAAGUGGUGGUCACCCUGGUCCUGCUGUUCGCAAUCUCCUGGCUGCCCCUGUAUGUGACUGAUAUUUUAAUUGACCAUGAGACACAUCCUCCACACUGGAUCCUACAAACACGGCCAUUCGCCCAGUGGUUGGGUCUCACCAACUCUAGCCUCAACCCCAUCUGCUACUGUUUCCUGGGUGAUCUGCAUCGCUCUGCCAAGAUAAUCAAAUCCAAGUACCAUCAGCGGAUGCUGUCUCUCCUCAGCACUUCAAGCUCCACCAAGGUACCAAGACUGCUCCUUUUUAAGCGGCAGACAUCCAGCCAGAGGCAGGAGACUGGGGCUCAAGUGUCUGAGGAAACACUGUCAGAUUGGUGUUCUCACACAAGUGUAGGGGACUUUAACCAGAUGUUGUCUCUGCAAAGCCUUUCUGAAAGGAUAGCGUCUCGAAGCAUACCUGACCUCAACAACCUGUCUAUAGAGAACUUCUCACAACCUGUGGUAUAACACGGCCAAAGGUUCCUCUUCGACUCUGAAUUAAGCCCCUGGAGCUGGAUUUGUAAGGAGAUUUUGAUGUGAGCAUGAUUAACUAAAAGCGUUACCCAUAAUUACUUUGCGCCCCUCUCACACUUUAAUGUUAAAAAAUGGAAAACUGUCAUUGUGCAAUGGACAUGAAUUAUGAUUUGACGACAUGUAAUUUAAACUCAUCAUCUUCUCAUGCCACUACAGACACAACUGUGCAUAAAUGACUAAUCCAUUUUAGUCAAAAGAGAGCAAGCUACGACUACAAUAUUUAAUCCAUGGUGAAAACAUCUUAAAAGCUACAAGGGUUCCAGUCAGUGUAAGCUAACCCAUUAGUUGUAAACAGAAUAUUAGCAGACGAAUCGCAAUAUAUAUAAGUUACUGUACAAUGUUUACAAUAGUCUUGUUUGUGUAAAUUAAUUGUUCUUGACUGUGAUUACAUAUUUUACAUAUUAAAUGACAAAUGUCACAUAAUUCAAGCCGAUCCGGUGUAGCAUACUUCUUCCAGUUCAACCUUUCAGCUCUAACAAAGACAUGGAGCUGAAAGAUUUGCAAUUCAAUUUGUAUCUAAUUG